AUGUUGACAUCCGUAAAUGCCGUGAUGUCAACAACAUCGCCUACAUUACCGUCAUCAUCAUCUUCACCGUUAUCAUCUCCAAGCUCCAGCAGCAUCAACAACAGCACGGCAAUACUACCAAUGCUAUCCCCGCGUUUCACUCCCGCCCAUUCUCCUGCCGUGUCGUCCUCGUCCGCACCCGGCAGUUGUUCGUUGGCAUCGUCGACCACCUCACCAUCGGCUCCGGCACUGGCGGCCGCACUACUACUGACAUCACCUUCGUCGUCGUCCGCUAGCCGUACGUCAGCAGCUUCGCAUUCGAAUGGCUACCAACAGCAGCAGCUACUACCACCACCAUCCUUACCCUUAUCAUCAUCGUCCUCUUCGCCGAUCUUGGUACAAUCUUCAACGGUGGCUACUACAGGUACUGCGGCGGCAUCAUCACUGUUGAUCAAUCAUCUCACGAACAGCACCAAACAGCAGUUGCCCUUACCAUCUCCCCCGUCCUCCAGUUCGUCGUUGCUGUCGGGCACGGUGGCAGUACCGAAACCAUCUGCCCACGCAGCAGUACCAGAUGAAGUGAUCGGCAAUAAGAGGGAACUGAAUCAGUCACCGCUAGUUGUGGUAGCUGCAACAACGUCCCCGGUAAGCACCCAAAAGAAGACAAAACUCGGCAACAGUGUGGCCAUAGCCUCAUCGCCAGCUAGCAGCAAUCGUACUGAUGGUAGUGACAUUUCGGCCUGUCCGAAAGUAAUAUCACCCAUCGUGAACGUGGUCGUUAAUGACAUUGCUGCCGGACUGGCAAACGCUGUGGCGGCUGCUGUGGCAGAUGCUGUAACAGUUGCCACGAUCGGCAGGAACCUGAUUAUGGCCACUGGUGGAGGUGGUGGUAGUGCCCGUCACAAUCAUAGCGGACGUACGCCAGCGGGCAGCACAAGUGCUGCCAGCAACGGUACCAACAACAACACCCUCAACUCUUACUCACAAUUGCGCCAACAGCUCGAAAUGGGAACUUCUGCGGCGGCUGUACUCGUGGCUGCCACCGGUCCAUCGAAAGGUGGUGUUGUUGUCGGUCAUCAUUCGGCAGCUUCGCACCAGCAGCAGCACAGUCACCUGAAGCAAUAUCUUAAUGCUGCAUCCACCGGUGGAAGAAGAGGCGGCGGUGGUGCAAGUGGUGGAUCAAUGCUUACUGCUACUGGAGGUGCCGGUAACCAGCACCCUGGUGGUGCAGCGCAGCAGCAGCAGCAGCAACAUCAUCAUCACCAUCACCACCAUCAUCAUCACGUACAUUCGCAACCGAGACGUCAGUCGACGGCCAACGGUUCCACUACUAGCGGCGGUACAGUUCCAGCUGCCGUAGCUUCCACACAUGCAGGAGCUGUCCAUGAUAAUGGUCGAAACAGUAAUGCACGCCCUGCAUCAAACGCAAUCGAUGCCAACGCAAACCAUCACCAUCAUCGAUGGUAGAUGGUGGACACGUGUGGAAGUGGAUCAUCCAACUCCAAGGAUCGCGUUUGAUCGGUUUGAUGUGUGUUUGGGUGUAUGUGUGUACGUGUGUGCGUGUGUGGUGUGACAGGCAAUGAUCGGUGCAGCAGGAAAGAGAGGGGAAGAAGGUGAGGCAGACAAAUUUCAAGCGGGGAAGAGUGAAAAGGAAAGCAUUAUAAUCGUCUUUAGGUACGCCGUGUCCCGUAUGUGUCCGUGUAGCAUAGUAGUAGUGGCAUAGGAGUAUUGAUAAUAGUAAAAAACGGCCAACAGGGCGAGAACGCAGCGUGUACUUUGUAGUAGAUCGAGUGCCACCGAUCAGGUUGGUGCAGUAGUGAUUGUGGUGGCUCUUGGUAAAGGUUCUGGAAGCGCGCUGUAAUCAUCAAGGUGGACCAAAGUACAGUCGGCAUAGGCAACAAUUACAGAAGAAAAACAGGAAAUGUGGCAUUCAAAAAGCGCGUAACGAUCGAGAAAGAGAGGUGAAAACUAGAACGGAUCGUUUGCGAUUGAGCGUUGGACCGGGGACACCUCCCCUUUUUAAAAUACCUUUCGUUGUUUGUGAUAGUAAAUUUGAAUGUUGUUUCUUCUUUGUUGCAACAAUGUAUUGGCAUCCCUUUUGGUAGAGGGACUAUUGCUACUGCCUCUGUACAGUCCUUCUCGUUUCUCGUGUGUGUAGUAGUAGUAAUAGUAGUAGCUGCGUGUUAUCCCUGAUUCUCAUUCCAAUAUGCACAUAUACAUUACAUGCGCGGUGCUACACAUUAAUAGCAAUGCGUGUGUUUUUGAAGUACAGCAAGUUAGGUAUAGAGGAUGUCUCCUCUACAGAUUUACCGAAAAGUCCUUCCUCCUCCCGUUUGUUCGGAGAGUGAAAGUAUACAACAAUAAAACACACACGAUCACGAUCACUUUGUUUCGACGGACAUAUGCUGAUGCCGGCUGUACCAGAACACGCAAGUCAGUUUUCAUUUGCCAUUCUUUUUCACCCGUUUGUUUUGCCUCUCUUUCUCUUUCGUGUCCAUUGUUGGCUAUGUUGUGGCUAUGAUGGAACAAACGAUCUUUUCUUUGCCUUUUUUAAAUUACAACUUGGUUCGAUUUUGCUGCGUUCAAUAAGCUAUCUAUAUCCCGGUUGUCGUCGCCCGCCCGCCGCCGCUACGCAGAGUUUAUAAAAAUAAUUUAUGCAUUGUGAUAUUUUUUUUCUCUCGUCUGUGUACACACGUGUUAGCUAAUAUUAAUUAAUUAGUAAUAUUAUGACAAGUGAUGAAAUGAAAUGAAGAAAAAGGGAACACAAACAAAACACAGACAGAG